AUGGGGUCGCGCAUCCAGUCAAGCGAACGCGCGUGGGUCCACCGGGUCAACAAGGAAGACGAGCACUACGUCAAGUUCGUCAUGUCCGACGCGGCACACAAGUUCCACAUGUCGUCGGGCACGCUCGGCAUCCCCGUCAUCCGCGGCGUCCGAGCGCCCGGCGAGGGCCCCGCUGCCAGCCCGGGCGCCCAGGACGCGCGCGCCGGCGCUGCGCCUCUGUCGGAAGCAUACCUCACCCAGCAGCGAGGCGCCGCGGCCGACGAAGCUGCCGACAUCGACUCGCUGUCUGUCAGGACUGGCCACACAGGCGUGUCGGGGGCGGUGGCGCGGUCGCGCAGGGGCGGCGCGGGGGCGUCGUACCCGGAAACGCCGAGCGAGGCCGGCAGCCGGCGCACGACUGACACGCAGAUGCUGCGGCAGCUGGAGGCGCUGGAGCGCGCGCUGGCGGAGGAGCGGCGGCGCAACGACGAGCUCGAGAAGCAGCUCAAGGGGCAGGCGAGGGCGCCGGGCGGGGCGAAGAAGGCGGCGGCCAGAGCGGGCAAGAAGUGA